GUGCAUGAGUGAGAAUGAAAGUGGAGGCACUGAUCACAGCUGUACUGUUACUGAGCUUAAGCUGCGCAGAGCUAGAGGAGAAGAUGAUUUCCUUUAGUCGGGGUGUUCAGCUUAUAGUUAAAGCCAUUAAAAUUAGGACUGUGGCUCCUAAAGUGCAGAUUUUGGCUCCUGUUGGACUCCAAACACCGACAUCUGAAAGAGUCAUACUUACCUGCGUCAUCAGAGAACUACAAAGCAAUCAAAUAAGCAUCACAUGGAAAAUUAAUAACACGGUUGUGUCACAGAAACACAGCAGUGGUGAGGUGUUCAAACAGCCUGAUGGAACUUUCACCGCAUUAGGAUUCUAUUUUGUACCCCUUCAUGACUGGAGGAGUGAUGAUGUAUACAGGUGUGAGGUGAAGCAAGAAGGAGUGAUCUACUAUGAAGAAGUGUGGCACUCUCUGUGUGACCAGUAUGUCAGCUAGUCAUUCCUUUUGUGCUUAUUUCUGGACAUUUCUUCUAUGCAUCAGAUUAUUGCACUGAGAAUUGUAUAUUCACUCCAGUAUGUUCAUACUCACUGUAUAUUCACUGUAGGUUCUUUUUGU